AUGACACCGGUAGCAUCUGGUGGGCACAGACGUAUCCCAGUUAAGGAUCUUGAGAAAAACCGUCGGGUUCAACCUGAUAACAGUACUAGUUUAGGACCUCAGUUUGUUAAAAAAAUAUUUCUAAGCUUGCCAGCCGCCAUGACGGAUCUUAGGCAGCUCAACGAAUAA